AUGCCGCCGGCGCCGCUCACCUCUGCAGAGGUCCUGCGCUCGUCAUGGGCCCGCACGACCGGCACGCGUGACUUGCGGCACAUGCUGCCCAUCCCGCGUCUCGAGCGGAAUAAACUCAAGAUUGCACGGGAGCGCAUAAAGUACUGGAACUUCGUCUCGGGAGACAAAGUGCGCGUGCGGGGGCAUAAAAUUAAGGAUAUGCUGGAGGUCACGGACGUGAAUAAGAUCACGAACCGGGUUAGGUUGCGGGUGCCGCCGGCAGAGGGUGAGGAGAAGAAGAAUACCCCACCAGGAGAGGAGGAGGAGCGAGAAAAGACGUGGAAUGUGCACUAUUCCAGAUUACAGCUCUUCAUCCGCAUGCACCAGUUCCCCGGCAGGAAACUGCCACAACCAGUUUUCGCAACACGUCUAGGACGUGGUAAGCAGUGGUGGAACCAGGCUGCUGGCAUCUGGAACUGGAAACGCUUUGCGCUCUCUUCCAACCCGCGGUUACCUCCAGACGUCCUCAAGCAACCGAUACCGUGGCCCAAGUACGUGAAGGAGGAGGACAAGGACCGCGAGCCGCACGAAAUGUAUGACACCACCGCCAGCGCCGUCGAGGAGGUGACAUACACGUUCCCCACGGAGGAGGAACUUCUCGCACUCGGUGCACCUGACGUGGAGGAGUCGUACAUCAAGAACCUGUACUACCCUCCCUCUGCCCAGCCCUCGUACGCGACGCCCGUAGAGGUCUUUGUCACACGCGAACUCUCCAACCCGUACUCGCGCGCGAAGAAGCAGGCACGCUGGCAAGCACGCAUGGCUUACAAGCGUGAGCUGCUCGGCGAGAUGGUCAAGGCCGAACUCGCGGAUCUCCGCGGCCGUACGCGUCGUGAGGCUCGUGCUGAGGCGGCAUGGAAGUGGAAGCAAACGCUGGAUGCCGAGGACAAGGCCGAGGCUCGCCGCCGUGCUGAGCUCCGCGGAGAUGUUGCUCGCGCUGAGGCUCGUCGUGUGCGCAAGGAGCGUCGCGAGAAGAGGAAGGAGGCUCUGCUUGACCGCCUCGUUCUCCAGGAUGCGCCCAACCAGGUCAUUCCGCAGGUCACGGCAUAG